CCCCCCCAAGAUUUACAAGUUACGGGCUGAAGUGAAGCAGCAAAAGUCACAUCUCGCUUGAUCGGAAAAGUUGCACGCAGUGAUGGAGUCAGCCGUUAGUACAUCCACUCAAGUGCCAGAUGAGUUUGACCGUAAUGUUCCACGGAUCUGUGGUGUGUGUGGAGACAAAGCCAGUGGCUUUCAUUUUAAUGCGAUGACCUGCGAGGGCUGCAAAGGCUUCUUCAGGCGCAGUAUGAAGCGGAAGGCCAGUUUUACCUGUCCCUUUAAUGGAAGCUGCACCAUCACUAAAGAUAACCGUCGCCACUGCCAGGCCUGCAGACUCAAGCGUUGCCUGGAUAUUGGCAUGAUGAAAGAGUUUAUAUUGACGGAUGAGGAAGUUCAGAGGAAAAAGGAGCUGAUCCAGAGGAGAAAGGAUGAGGAGGCGCAGAGGGAGGUGCAGAAGCCCCAGCUUUCAGAAGAGCAGCGCAGCAUCAUUGAUACGUUGGUGGAUGCGCAUCACAAAACCUAUGACGAUUCCUACUCUGACUUCUCACGCUUCAGACCUCCAGUUAGAGAGGGUCCAGUUACACGUAGUGCCAGCCGAGCCGCGUCUCUUCAUUCACUAUCAGAUGCCUCGUCAGACUCCUUCAGCCACUCUCCAGAGUCAGGAGAUCGUAAGAUGAAUCUGAGUAAUCUGUUGAUGAUGUAUCAGGAGCAGGGUUUAAACUCCAGUCCAGACUCAAAAGAGGGUGAGGGCACUGGUCUUUCCAUGCUUCCUCACCUGGCUGACCUGGUUUCCUACAGCAUUCAGAAGGUCAUCGGAUUUGCCAAGACGAUUCCUGGAUUCAGAGAGCUGACAGCUGAAGAUCAGAUUGCUUUGCUCAAGUCCAGUGCUAUAGAAGUGAUCAUGCUCAGGUCCAACCAGUCUUUCAGUCUGGAGGACAUGAGCUGGAGCUGUGGAGGACCCGAUUUUAAAUACUGCGUGAAUGAUGUCACGAAAGCUGGACACACUCUGGAGCUGUUGGAGCCUCUGGUGAAGUUUCAGGUGGGCUUGAAAAAGCUCAACCUACAUGAGGAGGAACAUGUGCUGCUGAUGGCCAUUUGCCUGCUGUCUCCAGACCGGCCUGGGGUGCAGGACCACGAGCGAGUGGAAGCGUUGCAGGACAGGUUAUCUGAGGUUCUGCAGGCGUAUAUCCGUGCGCAUCACCCGGGGGGGUGUCUGCUCUACGCUAAGAUGAUCCAGAAGCUGGCGGACCUCCGCAGCCUGAACGAAGAGCACUCCAAACAGUAUCGCUCCCUUUCUUUCCAGCCCGAACACAGCAUGCAGCUGACCCCUCUGGUGCUGGAGGUGUUCGGCGGACAGGUCACUUAGCAAGUUCACCCAAGUCGGAGCAAGACAUGCAGGUCAAACGGCGUGACCCGGAGGAUUGUGGAGUGGAGUGAAUGUACGGUCAAUCACCUUAAAAUGCAUACAGUUUCCAGGAUGACGUUUGUGUGUGUGUGUGUGUGUGUGUGUAACUGUAUCCCUCAUCAUUUACAGAUCGGCUAGAGAGUGCCAUAGAUGUUUGCAUUUGUUUGUUGUAUGUAAGGAAGACAUUCUCAUGAGAAUGUAAUAUGGUCAUGGUGUUUUUCACUGUGGCAACUCAAUACAGUAUAUUUUACUGUAUUAUCAAUAGCCAACAGUAUUACACUGCAUGUGUAGGAUGAGUGUGUGAGUGUGCAGUCCUGUUCUAAACCUCUGCAUGGUCCCCAAAGCGCUGUCCACUACUGCUGAUGUCCUGUCUCUUCACCUCCUGCCUUUAAAUGCACAGGGUUAAAAGUACUAAUGCAAGCACACAGCUCUAACUCACCCCUCGCCUAGCCACUUAACCAAUCAAACGGCAGCUCCGCCUCCCUUUCCUCUGCCUCCAGAGCUCUGAUAGUUCGCUGAACAAUGGCUGUCUUCUCUCCUGUUAUUUGCCUGUGCUGUGAUUGGCCAAUAACCUGACGCCUCCACAAAGUGGUCAGUGCAGCAUUAGCGCUCGCCACGCAGCUAACCUGUAAAUAAGACUCAGUAUCUAUAUUCGUAACUUUUCAAAUCAGUGUAAAUAGAGUUUGAUAUAAGCGCUUCUUGUGACUAAUGGUAGAAUCUAGCAGAGGGAGACCCUGCAGCCCUGGCUGGUUAUAAUGAAUAGGUAAACAAAGACUACGAUCUAACUGUGCGUUUAUGAAAACAUACAGGAAACGGAAUCAUGAUUUGCGUUUUAAAAAACAGCUUAACCUCCAUUCUUUACAUUGUCGUAAAGUCCUGUAGGUUACAUAUUUCUCAAAUCUUCCA